AAUAGAAGAGCUUUUAGUCUUUUUAGCCCCUUCUCCUCACUGAGUACACCACUGACACUGAACAAAAUGUUUUUAAAAUAUUUUAUAGUGACGGUUGUUACCGUAUCUUGCGUUCGAUCUGCAGAAAAACCCUCAAAAGUCAUACCUCCUUAUGUCAAACAAUGUAUUCGAAAUGAUCCAAAAUUGGUGGAUUGUAUAAUACAAGCACUUAACCAUAUCAAACCCUAUUUGAAACAAGGAAUUAAAGAAAUUGAAUUACCUCCAGUUGAGCCAUUUAAAUUAGACUCGUUAAGUUUAGCUCUUACUGGCGGAACUAAUGGAUACAAGAUUACAUUGAAAGAUAUUGAUGCAUACGGAGCCAGUGACUUUAUCAUUCAGAAAAUUAUAGCUCACUCUAAUUCACCAUUUGAAGGUAAGAUUAAAAUUCCAAGAAUGACGUUGGAUGCGAAAUAUCUCAGUAGUGGCGUACUCUUAGUAAUACCUGCCACUGGAAACGGAACUUUUCACGCAGAUUUGGAUGAUAUUUGGGUGAAUAUUAAAGGAAACAUUUCUAAUUAUAAAAAGAAGUCUAAAGAGUACUACCGUUUGGACAACUUGGACAUUGAACUAGACAUUAAAAAAUCACAUAUGAAAGUCAGUAAUAUCAACAAUAAUAGGAUAAUAGGUGAAGCAACUAAUUUAUUUUUAGCGGAAAACAGUCAAGAAGUUAUACAAGUUAUGAUGCCUCAACUUAGACCUAAAUUGACAGACAUCAUUAUAAGGAUUAUUAAUCAACUGUUAUCAAAUGUAUCUACUGAUGUAUUUUAUAAAAAUUAAGUCUAUACCUUAAAUGAUCUACUAGUGUUACACUCAUAUUUACUUGUUUAAAUUUAUUACUUAUUUAGCACACAUAUUUAACUAAUAGACUCCAAUUUUUGUGUAAUUUUUUUAGUAUUUUUUAUAAUAUUUUUUAGAUAAGUUUACAAUAGUUAAAAAUAUAUUCUCGUAUCAGAAUCUUAUGUUUUUCAAUAAUUUUUCUUACUUUGGAUGUAUAAAUAUUGAAAUAAUAUUAUUAUUAUUUUAUUAUAUUUAAUAAUAUUAUUAUUGUAUUAUUGUAUAAAUAAUACUUAAGUAUAUUAUGUUAUUAGUUUAUUUUAUUAAUUAAAGGUAUAUUUCGAUACGAGUUUUUAAUAAUUUUUUUUAUAUUAAUUAUGUGAUAUUUAAUUUGAACAUUGUGAAAUUUCAAUAUUUUACUUAAACAAUUUAUUUUAAACAGAUAUUUUGAGUUUAUAUUUUUGCCGUGUAAUAUAAAUUAUUUUAAGAAUAAAAAUUAGAAAUAACGUUAAUUAUAGUGAAGUGUCAAUUAUAUAUCUAAGAUGCUCCUUCGCAUUUGAGAUAUUAUUAAUUAGCUAUAUUGUUUUACAAAGUUUCCAGAAAUAAUAUUUUUUUGUGGAUUAUAUACAUUUUGUCUUGUUAUUCUAAAAUAAAUACUAAUUACUUUAAUAUAUGGUUAGCCUGUAAUAAUACAAUGAGAAAUGAUUUAAUAUUAAUUACCUUAGGAGAUAUACAAUAAAAAUAAUUAAUUAAUCUGUAUAAACAAUUAUACACUUCUAUUUUUCAUAUUAGCUUCGAUGCGAAGCUGAGAAGGUAUUGGUUUUACUAAGAUGUUUUACUAAGACUGACACUUUUAUAUAAAUCUUAAAUUAAAGCUAAUAUACUUGUACUUUAUUA